UACCCAAGCGUUUACGAGAUAAGUGGGUGGUCUCAUUAUGCCGGCGGCGGCAGACUGAGGCUAUCUAGAGACAAAGCAAGGACCGUUGUGGUGUAUAGCGACAAGGUCUCUCAGUUUUCUCAUCUAAAGCGAGUUUGCUAAGUUCAAGGAUGAAUCCCGUGCAAUUGUUUUCAAUUUUGCUGGCCAUCUCAUCCGCUAUUGCACAUCAAGAAUAUCUCAUUGCCUUUGGUAAAAACCAUGAAGGCUCGGAAAGUUUGAAAAUCUUCAUAUCAUCGAUUGAGCCAGGCCCUGUGGCUAUUAGUGUUAAAACUCUUACAGGAUUUAAUUUCACGGGGUUCGCUACAAACCACGAGAUACUGCAGGUAGAGAUACCGACAUCUUUUGAAGUGAGAUCAGCUAAUGAAAGUAAUAAAGGAAUUCGAGUCACAGCUGAGACACAGAGCGGUAUUGUGGUCAAUGGACUGAAUUAUGGCACCGGAACAACUGAUGCUUUCCUAGCUCUUCCAUGUGAUUGGCUGCCAGUGGAAGAAUAUGAAUACUAUGGACUGGCAUAUGCUUCUCACAGCUUGAGCCACUUCGUGAUUGUUGGUUGUGAGAACAAUACAGUGCUUCAAAUUGGUUCUGAGAUAGUCGAAUUGAACAAAAUGGAGACCUAUUUCUGGGAGAGUCACAGUUUUACGGGAACGAGAGUUACAUCAAAUAGACCCCUAGCAGUUUUCGUGGGAAAUCCAUGCAGUUUUGUUCCACGUGACGAUGGUUACUGUGACCAUCUAACCGAACAAGUGCCUCCCACUGCUCUAUGGGGAAAGAGAUUUAUGAUUGCUUCCUUUGCCGGCAGAGCAUCGGGCGAACUGUAUCGUAUUCUUGCUUCAAAGGCAUCCACUUCAGUGACAGUUAACUGCAAUAGAAUAAACAAUACCAUAUACACCUUGGCCCAAGCUGGCUCCUGGAUAGAAUUUGGGACACCCACAAUGAAUUACUGCUCUAUAACAUCUGAUAAACCCAUUCUUGUAAUGCAGUUUACAUUAGGUAUGUCACUGGAUGGUAUAGGAGAUCCAUCCAUGAUAACGGUCCCACCUACUGAACAGUACAAACACUCUUAUGUUUUUAAUGUACUACCGGGAUUUCUUCAACAAUCUAUCAGUAUAUUUGUCACUCCCGAACACUAUCAGCCACAGAAUAUUUUCGUUGACAAUACUACACUUGAGAACUCUACACGGAACACUGUCUAUUGCUCAAGUGUUGAAAUUUGUGGAUACGUAGCAUAUGCCAACAUUACACCUGGAGUUCAUCAGCUACAUCAUACUGAUGCUCUUUCAAGAGUCGGCUUACUUGUGUAUGGGUUUGAUGGAGCGCGCUCAUAUGGAUACCCCGGAGGAUUAUCACUUCAAAGUAAG